UUCUUCUGGUAAUUACCAAAAUAAAACUGAAACUGGUGGUCUCAUUUCUUAAAGGACUUCUCUCUUCCUUCCAUCUAAAGUACAAGAAACCUCGUUUCACUCAAGGCUUGGAAGAAGCAAAAAGGUAAACUUUACACAAACACACACACACACACACAUACACAUUUUAAUAUUUGAAAGAAUGAGACUUUCGUUUAGUCAACAGGUGAUACACAUUUUAAUAUCUGGUUAGCUUCAUCUGUGAAAAUUCAUGGGUGGAUGCAUGUGGACAAAAAGAAUAGACUAGACUUAUCUUGGUGAGAGUCUAAAUUCAAAAAAUGUGAUGCUGUAAAUCAGAGUUGAGGCGAAUAAUAUUAAACAAUAGUAAACUCCUGUGGCAAGUAAGGUCCCUAUAUGUUCCACUUUCUUGCAAGCCAUAUGCAAGGAGUUCUGUCUUUAAGAUAGAUUUGUACUAACUGUCUCUCCAUUUCUGUUUUCCAGAAGUGAAGUUGGUAACACAAGCAAAAGCACUUCAAUUGUUUCUGCACUUGGGUCUUCUGAAAGACUAACAACCUCUGCAUUAAUUGAAAGAGUUCCAAGCAAAUGGCCACAUCCUCUAUGGCAUCCUCCAUUGAAGAACUGCAAGGUAAGAAGCUUGUACUUUAUGAUAGGGUGGAUGGUAAAAGAAUUGUUUGGGUAUUUUCUAAGUGUGCUAGUCAUGGCUAGUUGAAUAAAAAGUUCUGUUGAUCUUUUCUUUUUCUUCUUCUUUUUUAAAUGUCUUGAAGCUAAUAUAAGUAACAUAAAAUUUUUUUUAUUCACUUUGAUGAUUGGAAUAUACUUGUUAGCUUAAAAUUAGUUAUCAAACUUUUUACAUCUACAUCUUUUGCAUCCACCCAGCUAAUUACUGUCCAGCUUUAUUUUCAAUUAGUUAGUCAAACUAAUGUUAGGUUUAGGCAUGCAUUACACGCAUUAGAAUAUAGAUUUUUUUUUUUUUUUGGGUCAACCAUAUCAGAACACAGUUAGUUUGUAAAGGGUCUAUACCGACGGAUAAAUCUUCCAUUAGAGUAGAUCCCAAGGGUCUAUACAAACGGAUUGGGCGUUGGUAUAGACCCUAUACUGAUGAGAUUUCUACCCACGGAAAGCUCUUCCAUCGGAAUAGUCCUUGGAGAUCUAUACUAACGAAAAAAGGGUGUAAACAGAUGGAAAACUUCCCGUCACUUUAGAUACAUCUGCUUGUAGUGUUCCUUUCCCACAUAUGUUUCACCCCAUUUCCCUUCUCCCUUCGUUCUUAUCUUCUUCUUCUCCCUUUCAUUUUUACUUUUCUUUCUUCUUUCAUCUUCUCCCUUUCCUUCUACCUUUCUAAUUCUUGCAUUGCAUGUCUUCAUCUUUCCCUCUUCUUUCUACUUUUCUUUCAUCAUUCCUUCUACCUUUUCUAUUUUCAUUUUUGGUUGUCAUCCUUCUACUUUUCCUUCAUUUUCUUUCAUUCUUUCAUCCCAAGGUUUUUAUUUUCUUUCUUUCUUUCUUUCUUUAUUUUUGGUUAUUUUCAUUUAUCAUUCAAUUAUUUUUAUUUGAUUACUAAUAAUUUUUUACUUUUUUUUGCAGAUUAUUAAACUUAAAAUUAUUUUAUGAGAUUGCGUCCAAUGACUCCCAUGUAUGUAUGGCCUACCACCUGUAAACUGUCAAGUCCAAUUCAUAUCCAGAAAGGCAGAAACUUCUAUCCAUCCGGGUCAUUAUCAUUCCAGAGUUCAGUAACUCGGUGAGUUAUUGUGCCAUAUAUAGAGGGAUUUUCAAUGAAACGGAUAUGAGUUUGGAAUUAGGACACUUAUACAUACAACCUGUUUUGUUACAUACUCCAUUAUAUGCUCCAAUCUUUGUUAUUAAUUUGUUUACACACUGACGGCUCACUAAAAAUGAGCUUUUGUU